AUGGCUGAAGCAAUCCCGUUUGGUCUUGCACGAAAGAUCAUUGAAAAAUUGAGCUCCACAACUUUCGAAGUGAUCGGAUCUAUCUGGGGUGUCAAAGAUGAGCUCGAAAAAUUGAAGAACACUGUUUCCACUAUUCAAGCUGUACUUCAAGACGUAGAGGAUGAUGUAUGGAACAGCAAUGAGGAAUUGUGGUGUAACUUAAAAAGACUUUUGAUGGGUGGCGCAAAGGGAAGUAAAGUGGUGAUAACUACACGGACCAAAUUGGUUGCAGAAAUUACCAGCACAGUCUCACCCUAUUUUCUAGAAGGCCUGUCAAUUAACCAAUCUUGGUCUUUAUUUAAGCAAAUGGCAUUUCAAAAAGGGCAAGAUACCAUUGAUCCUAACAUUGAAGCGAUUGGAAUGGAAAUUGUACAAAAAUGUCAAGGAGUGCCUCUUGCUAUAAAGGUGAUAGGAAGAGUAUUAUACUUCAAAAAAACAAAGGAUGAAUGGUCUUAUAUCAAGGAUAAUGAAAUUACAAAUGUAACUCAAGGAGAAAAUGGUAAUGGAAUUUUACCAAUUCUGAAAUUGAGUUAUGAUCAUCUCCCAUCACAUUUAAAGUGUUGCUUUGCUUAUUAUUCAUUAUUUCCUAAAGAUUAUGAGAUUUCAAAGUUAACAUUAAUAUAA